CACACUAUAAAAAUCAUGCUGUAAAUCACCUGCAGUAUCGACCUGAUAACAUCAGGAGCAUUACAACACCUUAUGAAAUGGGAUACUUUACCGCUUUGCUUGCGGCGUUAGCGUCCAUAAACCUCCCUGCAUCUGUUAGAGAACUGGAAUAUUCCACUGCACAAAGCUGCAAAGAGCUCAAGCAAAGAUUUAACAUUUUACAAGAUGGUCUUUAUUACCUCAGCACAUCGAGUGGGGUCGUGUAUCAGACGUACUGUGACAUGACGACCGCAGGAGGAGGAUGGACUCUGGUGGCCAGCGUUCAUGAGAACAACCUUUAUGGGAAAUGCACCACCGGUGAUCGUUGGUCCAGUCAGCAGGGUGGCAGUCCGAACGUACCUGAGGGAGACGGAUCAUGGAGUAACACUGUCACAUUCGGCACUGCAGAAGCUGCAACCAGUGAUGACUUCAAGAAUCCUGGGUACUUUGAUGUCACAGCCGAGGAUGUGGCAGUGUGGCAUGUCCCUAAUAAUGACCCAGUGAAUAGUUGGAAACUAACAUCAUUCCUGCGCUACCACACAGAGACCAGAUUCCUCAACAGCUAUGGAGGAAACCUCUACAAUCUCUUCAAGCAACUCCCAGUUAAGUACAAUGUCGGAAGCUGUCCUUUAAACCAUGGACCCUCUGUUUCUGUGGUCUAUGACGUUGGAGAUGCCACAUUCAACCAUAACCUGUAUGGACCCAAUGUGAGAGCGAAUUCUGUACCCGGUUACAUCACGUUCCGUGCCAUAAACAAUGAGAGAGCGGCGACAGCGAUCUGCUCAGGACUCAAACCCAAAGACUGCAACGUAGAACACGGCUGUAUAGGAGGCAGUGGCUAUUUUCCAGAAGCAUCUCCAAAGCAGUGUGGUGACUUUACUGGUUUUGACUGGGAUGGUUACGGCACAAACACUGGCUGGAGCGCCAGUAAACAGCUGACUGAAGCGGCAGUGCUCAUCUUCUACCGCUAAGGGAGAACAUUCCCAAACCAACAGCACACCAUUCACACACCAGUAUAGACUUUAUUACUGCAGGAUGGUGUGUCUGAUAGAGCGAAAGAUUUAUAAAGUUUAUUGCUGUAUGAGUUAGCAAAUCCUUAGUAAUUGAAUUCCAGAUGUUUGAGGGGUUGUGUGCUUUUCUGUCUUUUUCUUCUGAUUCAAAGCAGAUUUAAAAAAAACGUAAUUUUUAACCAAACCAGAGGUCAUUGGGUAUGAGAAACAUGUAGCCGCACGUAUAUAUCAUCUGCAUUAUGAUCCAUUAUUACAGGAUUAUAAUCAACUUUAAAGUUCCUUCUUUUUCUGCGCUCAGUGCUGAGGAUGAGACAAGUGUUUGUGUCUCCUCAAUCAAGAAUUUUUGAAAUAAAGUUGCCAGCAUGUU